AUGGAAGAGAGAAAUCUGACAUCAGUAACGGAAGUCAUUCUGUUGCCAGUAACCAGUAUUGCAUAUUUUCGUGUUGUCCUGUUUAUAGUAUUCCUUUUUCUCUAUUUAUUUACCCUACUGGGCAACCUCUGUAUCAUGGCAGUGGUUAUUACAGACAGGCGUCUUCACACUCCGAUGUAUUUCUUUCUUGGAAACCUCUCUUUUUUUGACAUUGUCUACUCAUCCACCACAGUCCCUAAAAUGAUGGUUGGUUUGGCCAAAAAGGUCUCAAAGAUAUUUCUAAAGAGCUGCAUAGUGCAAAUAUUUUUCUUUCACUUCUUUGGGUGUACUGAGGCCUUACUCCUUACUGCCAUGUCUUAUGAUAGAUAUGUUGCAAUAUGUAACCCAUUGAGAUAUAACAUAAUUAUGGCAAAAAACGUUUGUUUUCAGCUUAUCUCCACCUGUUGGAUGGUGAGCUUUGGCUAUUCAUUGACACACACAAUUCUAAUCUCCAAGUUACCUUUUUGUGGACUAAAUAAAGUUAGCCACUUCUUUUGUGAUAUCAAACCACUUCUCCAGCUAGCUUGUGCAGAUACUAGUCUCAAUGAAAUCCUAGUUGUCUUUAUAACUGGAUUUAUAGCUGUUAGUACAUUUUGUCUUAUCUUUCUUUCCUAUUCCUUGAUUGGCACCCACCUCCUGAAAAUUCGCUCCUCAACUGAAAGGCGCAAAGCAUUUUCCACCUGUACUUCUCAUCUCAUUGUUGUGCUCCUCUACUAUGGACCUCUCACAACGAGAUUCCUAAGACCUGCUACAAAUGAUAGCCUAGAGCAAGACCGACAAACUGCCGUUCUGUACACAAUCAUUACCCCUGUCCUUAAUCCAAUUAUUUAUGCAUUAAGGAAUCAAGAAGUUAAAAUGUCCCUUAGAUUUAGAAUGUUGAAGCGUAAGUUUGGUAGAGGCUGA